CUCCCCACUCCCGCCUCCCCCGCCCACCAUGCCGCGCGAAAUGAUCACGCUGCAGGUCGGCCAGUGCGGAAACCAAAUUGGCAUGGCGUUCUGGGAGCGUCUCUGCGCCGAGCAUGGAAUCUCGCCCGACGGCAUGCUUGCCCCGCACGCUGUCGAGGGAACUGACCGCAAGGAUGUGUUCUUUUACCAGGCCGACGACGACCACUACAUUCCUCGCGCCCUGCUGCUCGACCUCGAGCCUCGGGUCAUCCAGCCCAUCCAGACCGGCGCGUACGGAAACCUGUUCAAUCCGGAGAACAUCUUCAUUGACGCCGAGGGCGGUGGAGCAGGAAACAACUGGGGCACCGGCUACACCAAGGCCGAGGCCGUGCAGGAGAAGAUCCUGGACAUGCUUGACCGCGAGGCCGACGGCUCCGACUCACUCGAGGGCUUUCUCCUCACCCACUCGAUCUCGGGCGGAACCGGGUCGGGCAUGGGCUCCAACCUGCUUGAAAAGCUCAACGACCGGUACCCGAAGAAGCUCAUCCAGACAUACUCGGUCUUCCCGAACCAGGCCGAGUCGUCGGACGUUGUUGUCCAGCCGUACAACUCGAUGCUCGCGCUCAAGCGCCUAGUCCUCAACGCCGACUGUGUGGUGGUGCUGGACAACGCCGCUCUCGACCGCAUCGCCACCGAGCGCCUCCACAUCGAGUCGCCCACCCACAAGCAGAUCAACGAAAUUGUCUCUACCGUCAUGGCUGCCUCCACCACCACGCUCAGGUACCCCGGGUACAUGAACAACGACCUUGUCGGUCUGGUGUCCUCGCUCAUCCCCACCCCGCGCUGCCACUUUAUGAUGACCGGAUACACGCCGCUCUCUGUCUCGUCUGUCUCCACUUCGGUCCGCAAGACCACCGUUCUCGACGUCAUGCGCCGCCUUCUCCAGACCCAGAACAUCAUGCUCUCCGCCGACCUCAAGGUCGGCUGCUACCUCUCCAUCCUCAACAUCAUCCAGGGUGAGGUCGACCCGACCCAGGUCCACAAGGCCCUCCAGCGCAUCCGCCAACGCAAGCUCUGCAACUUCAUCCCCUGGGGCCCGGCCUCCAUCCAGGUCGCCCUCUCGCGCCGCUCGCCCUACGUCGAGUCGGCUCACCGCGUCACCGGCCUCAUGCUCGCCAACCACACCUCCAUCAACUCCAAGUUUGUCGAAAUCGCUGCCUCUUUCGACCCAAUGCGCAAGCGCCGCAUGUACAUGCAGCACUUUACCAAGCUUCCCAUGUUUGCCGACUCGCUCGACGAGUUUGAUGACUCACGCGAGGUCGUCCAGAAUCUCAUGGAUGAGUACAAGGCCAUCGAGCGUCCCGACUACGUCGACUGGCAAGGCUCUUCGGCUGCCGCCGCUUCCUCGGCCGCCUCGUCCUAGUAACACUCCCCCC